GUUUUCUUCCUCGCGGCGCAGACGAGCGUAGUUUACUUGAUGCCGUGGGGUGCCCUCCCGCUGCAGCCUGUUGCUUCCCUGCUGGGCGGGGAAAUCCCGGGCAGAGCGGCUGCCCGGCACGCGGGUGAAACCUGCGCUUCCCGCACGCGUGUGGAACAACGUGGACGGCGGGGAGAGACGGAGAGGCACGUCAUCUGCUCCCUCCGGCAGGCUGGGGAUUGGUCUGUCGGCGUGGUGUUUGCCGGUGCUGCGUCCCGCCCUGUCUCCAGUGACUCAGUGGAGCUUCCUUCCUCGCCCUGUUUCCCCCGAGAGCUGGGCCCGGCCUCCGUGAGCGUGGAGGUAAGGAGAGCCCACCUGCAGAGAGCGUCCCGGGUCGCCUCUUCUCCCGGCCGCUUGCUGUGAGCACUCGAGUGCAGGAGCAGUGGAGAGCAGUGCGGCAGCACUGAUCGGGAAUGCGCAAGCCAGCCAGGAGGACGAGGCUGGGAGCUGGCAGGGGGUGACAGCCGAGGACGGAGGAUUAUCGUGCUCUAUGGCAGAGACGAGCGGCUCGGCGCUGGGAAGGCUCCCCGCCAGUUAGAUGCCCGAAGGGGAGAGGACAACUCCGGCUGAGCUGAUGCCUCUUGGCACCUGAUACCAAGCUCAGCUUCUGACAUGAAGAAAGAUAUAGACACUUUAAUAGCCCGGGAAAAAGCGGAGAUCGUUGCCAAGUAUGAGAAGGGCAGGCAGGAAGGAACUCAGAUUGAUCCGUGGGAAGAUGCUGACUUCACGCUGUAUAAAGUUACCGACCGAUUUGGAUUCCUGCACGAGCAGGAGCUGCCGACACGCACCGCGCUGGAAGAAAAGCAAAAACAUCAAGAAAUUGAACGAGUGGACAAGUGGCUAAAGAUGCUGAAGAAAUGGGGCAAAUACAGAAACAGUGACAAGAUGUAUCGGCGCGUGUACAAGGGGAUCCCUCUCCAGGUGCGAGGCCAGGUCUGGUCGCUCCUGCUGGACGUCGAGAAGAUGAAGAAAGAGAACGAAGGGAAGUACGAGAAAAUGAAGGAACAAGCGAAGAGCUUUUCGUCGGAACUCAAGCAGAUAGAUUUGGACGUUAACCGCACCUUCCGAAACCACAUCAUGUUCCGGGAUCGCUAUGGAGUGAAGCAGCAGGCGCUGUUCCACGUGCUGUCAGCAUACUCCGUUUAUAACACCGAAGUGAGCUACUGCCAAGGGAUGAGUCAGAUUGCAGCCAUCCUGCUGAUGUAUUUAAAUGAAGAGGAUGCAUUUUGGGCACUGGCACAGCUGCUAACCAACCAGAGGCACGCGAUGCAUGGUUUUUUCAUUCCUGGGUUCCCGAAGCUGCAGAGAUUUCAAGCUCAUCACGAGCAGAUUUUAAGCAAGCUGUUUCCAAAGCUGAAGAAGCACAUGGACAAGGAACAGAUGACCACAGGGAUUUACACGACCAAAUGGUUCCUGCAGUGUUUCAUCGACCGGACGCCUUUCACUCUCACCUUGCGGUUAUGGGAUAUCUACAUCCUGGAAGGAGAACGGGUCCUGACGGCCAUGGCUUACACAAUACUCAAACUGCACAAAAAGCGCUUGCUGAAGAUGUCUCUGGAAGAUUUACGGGAAUUUCUGCAGGAGAAAAUUGCUGCUUCUUUGCAGUAUGAGGAUGAUGCUGUGAUCGAGCAACUGCAGGUGUCCAUGACCGAACUGCGCAAGAUGAAAUUCGACCUCCCCCCGCCAGCAAAGCCUGAGGAAUUCCCACGGAAACCCCUGGGCCUGGAGCUCUCCCUCAACCUUGUGGCAGUGAAGGCCAACAUCGCAGCCAACAGCCAGAACGGUGUCGUGGGCGAGCACCACCCGGACAGGGACGCCACGCAGCCCUCUCCGAACAAGAGCCCUGGGGCUCCAGGAGAAAUGGCCCCCGAUGCAAGCACAGCGCUGACUGGAAGGACUCCUGAUCUCCAGCACAGCGACCCAGCUGAAGUGGCAGACACCCAUCUGCACCCACCAAAGAGCCAGGACAAGGAGCAGCCUUUAGAGGGUGAUCAGGUGGGAUCACCCAGGAAAGCUGCCAGCGAGAUCCCACCACAGCAGCCCUCUCUUCUGAAAGCAAGCGAGAUGCAGACCUUCCCGGAGAGCCGAGAUGAUGCUUCCGCGAGCAGAGACCUUGUCUCACAUGGGAGUCCGCGGAUUAAGCCUGGGAGGUGUCAGGGGGAACAGCAGGAAAACAAACCGCCAGCCACUGCAGACAACACGAACAAAGCUGCUGGUUCUGGAGUGGCUCGGUCGCCGGCGCUGCGUCGGGUCCUGCCGGCCUUGCCAGCCAAGGGCUGCUCUGCGAGCGAUGCCGACGCGCGGGGUCAGGCCCUGCAGGCGGGCCUGCCUGUUCUCAAUCACAGUCAUGCGCUAGCGGAGCGUGAGUCACCGAGCCAAACGCUCUCCCUUCCCACCUCUGCCGAGCACAGCUCCUUAGACUCUUCUCUCCAAAACGUGCCAAGCCCUCCAGACUCGAGCACCACCACCCCUUCUGUAGAUCUACCAGCCGGGGAGGUUUUGCCGUUGCCUGAGCAGCUUUCCAAUAUGGACCACUCAGCAGGGCAGCCAAAUCUUGCUGCUUGCAGUUUGCCAGAGGGACAACAAGCACCUCCCUUGUGUAAAGAGAAAGCACUCGAUGCCCUCCCUGUUCCUCUGCCAGAUGGCAGGCUUUCUAACACAUCUCAGUACGAUAACUUCCCCGAGAGUGAGUACAGGGAGAAUAUGGCUUAUUCACGGGGGGCCAAUACCGAGAAACGAUGCAGGGUGAUGCAGCUGAACAAAACAGACUUCAGGCACUUGGUACCCAAGUCUGCGUCCGUGGGCGAGCUUGCCAACCUGCAGCAAAACGGCCCGGGGCGCGUAGACACGGCCGAGCAGCCAGGACUGGGCUCUGCAGCCUUCAACGCGUUUCCUCCGCAAAGGCUGUCCGGCGGCAGCGUGCCCAUCUUAUCUGGGAGUGACUCGGGGACAGCAGGGCUGGCAGAGGGGGGCCGCUUCCCGAUGCCCUCCCCGACCACAGAGAGGAAGAACAGCCCCUACGCAGUUAUAAAGACCAGCACUCCCCUUCACGUGGCCCAUGCGACAGAGCAAGACUUCUUGAACAGAAAACAGGUGGCACUGCCUUUGCCGGAGGCUGGCCACCCCCCGGGUGCCACCUCUGCACCUCCUGCUGCAGAGGACCUGGAGGCAGCAGCUGCCCAAAAAGGCAUCCAGAAACCAUUAAAUGCACUGAGAGCACCACGGCCCCCCCUCAGCCCAAAACCAAAAUUACCACCGAAGGUUACCAAAUCCCACUCAGAGAAUAAUUUCAGUUCAGGCUCUCUUCCCCUGGCACAGUUGCCCAAAUCGGUGACAUUUUAGCAGGGAAGAGGGAGGGCAGGGAGAAGAAUUGGGUGCUGGAGCAACACUGUCCGUUCUGGAGACGCCCGUACAGCAGGUUUGUGUUUGUGUGACAACACAGCCUGCGUGGAGCAAGGAGGCAACUGCGUGCUGAGCUGUGCUUGGGUACGAGUGCACGGGGGAGCCUUGGUCCGUUAGGAGCUGGAACUGCAGCCACAGACAAACGUAUCGGCGCCAGGAGGCACUAAAAUUCAGUUUUAUUUUUCAUCCACGGUUUCUUUUCUGUGGACAAAUUGGAAAGCGCUUUCAUUUUUGUUUGUUCCUGGAAACUUUCCAAGCCCCACUGCUCUGGAGGGGGAGACAAGGCUGGUUAACUCGUUCCGUAUUUGGUUGUUUCCCUACCUGCAUGCUGACGGCUCGGUGGCUCGCAAGCCAGAGUUGGGUAGCCGUGGGCAUGGAAGUGGGCACAAGGCAUAGGAGUCUGCAACAGUAGAGAGAGGCUUUCUUUACAAAUGACUGAUCGGUGUGGCCAGCGGCAUUUCUUUCAAAGGCCUUUGUAGCAAUAGCUUUUUUCUUUUUCAAAAUCAUAGCAGGCAACAGCCUUUCAGAGGAGGCUGUGGGGCCUCCGCACGGGGCGCGCCAGCCUGCUGAGUAGUCUAUGCAAUUCCCAGCCGUUGCACGGAGCAGAGCUCGUGCGCCCGCCGUGGCGUCCGUUUCUGUGCCGGAGCUCCUGCCUCCCCCAGCCGCAGUGGACCGUUUCCCGGAGUCUGAAGUUCUUGGGGUGACAAGGACAGUGAAGGCUGAAUCUGGUCUUUUGGGGGGGCUUCUGAGUGGCCUGCCUGGUGCCUCUCCCUCGCAGAUUGAGGACAGCAAGCAGGCUUGCUGCCUUACCGUUGACUGAGCAGGAGAAGAGGCUGCUACCUCGGUAAACAGCCAAGCGGUGUUUAGCUGUACUAAUGCAACAGAGUCAGUGCCCUGGCAGGUGUCACGCCUUACUAACGGGCUGCUGGAGGUGUGACGGUGUCUAAGCACAGUGCCCAAGCUGAAGCCAGCUGCUUCUCUGAGCAAAUAGUUUCAGGGUGGAAAUGGUACAGGAGGUGGCAAGGGUGAGCACGUUGCCCAGAACCUGCUCUCAGCCCUUCUGGUUCAGCACUGCCAGAAAUCAGCAGCUGUAACCAAGAAAGGAAACCUGGGCGCGGAGGUUUGGAAGACGAUGCUUUUCUCGUAGAGCUGAUGGGUGGGCGCAGAAAUGUCUUGCCAGAGAGCAUCAGCGUUGCAACAGCUCACUGUGGUGGAGACACCUGAGGGUGCCCUUGCACCUGCUUUCCCUUCACGCGGUGGAAAGGCACGGUGACCUGUCCAUCAGGUCCUCCUCUUCCCAGUGACCGCCUGGGCUCCAAGCAGAGCCUUGCCCCCAACAUCUCUGGGCACACCCCACUGAAAAAACUGGUCAAAGCCUACCUGGCCGCCCACAAGGAAACUUCCACUAAAUUUUGGGGGGGUUGAUCAGGUGUUUUUUGUGCGCGUGUGGUGGUUCAUGUUAGCGGCAGGUACAGACAUCGAGGGGAGCACCCCAUCGUCAGCUGGAUGUAGUUUGCCAGCCCACAGCACCCACAGCUCCUGUUGUAACCCCUGCUCUGCCAGAGACCCCGCCUUGGGCCUUGGAGGAGUGUCUAAACCUGCCUGUCCUCUCCGUCCGGGGAGCCGGGAUGAUCCUCUUAACUACCUCACAGGGGGUGUGAGGGGUCAUUAGUGGCUGCUUGGGAGGCGCUUUGAGGAGAAGUGCUGUAUGAACGCUCAGUAUUUGUAUUUUGAGACACCAUGGGUCAUUUUAAGGGCAAAGGUGCUUGAAUCGGUUUUAAGUUAGGGUAUGUUUAGCAGUAACCAUGCAGUAGUUAAACAUAUCUGUGUGCUAUAAGACCUGGGCAGUGUUUCCGACAGGUAUCAACUGCCUUGAGCUAGGAACCGUACUGCCUCUGGGCCUCGGUGGAAAGCAGUGAGAAGCCUCCGAGCAGCCGUGGUGCUCUUCCUGGCCCGGUUUCUGUAGCUGGGGGUCUGCCCUCUCCUCAAAGCGCACGUAGGACCCUGCUAACUCCUGCGGGUGUUCAGCUCACGCGUGCAAGACAUGAGCCCUCUUUCCCCCUCAUUUGUGGUAGCCUUCGCACGUCUUGUUUGCCAGUGUUGUGUGUGAGCCCUGGGUCCCCACCCAGAACGGGUCUAGGGUGUUUUGUGGUAUUUACAUUUAGAAAGUGAUUUGCUAUACUUCUAAAGAACUGUCAAAUUAUCCACUUGUUGGGAAGGCGCAGAGGGGGUUUCUGCCCUCUUUGGCUCUGGCAGGUUUGGGAAGAGUUCCCACGGGCAAAGGCACCCCAGAAGUCCAGGGAGAGCCAGCGGCACGCACUGCCUUCCUUGGAGUGACGCCUCACUUAGACCUGGUACUACUUCAGCACGUCUUAUGGUUGUCUCUGCCGAUCGACUGCGUUGUCAUCUCUCCCUUUCUGCUUGUUGUCGCAGAUGAAUAUACAGCCAUCGCAGGCCUGGUCCCUGCCGUGGCUGCACGGAGCCUUCCUAAGAGCAGCCCGCUGCUCCUAAAAGGACUCGGUCUUUAAAGGGCACCUCCUCUCCUGCCUGGAUUCCCGUGCCCUUUUCCUUCUAGAGGCUCCAGGCUCUAGCAAGGCCUCUGUGGCAGCCGAGGUGGGAAUGACAAGGCCCAGCCUCAGAUAUUUCUCUGGGGAUGGGAAGGGAAGUCAAGCAGGAAUGAGGGGGGUCAGCAGGACAAACACCGGCCAAAGCCCCUUUUGCUCCUGCGCCAGACUCCUUAAAACGGCCUCAAGCCCAUAGCAAAAGCCAGUGUUAUCACAAGGAAACUCAGGAAAACAGCUCCCCCGCCCCUUCUUUGGCUUUGCAGUCCCAGGAUAACUCUUAGGUAGCUGACAUCUUUCGUCUGAAAGACAAAUGUUGUGGGUUGUUUUUCAAUGAUAAAUGAGCACUUUGAGCAGAUGCAGUGCAGCAGGAAUCGCAGGUCCCAGCGUUCGGGAAUGGCCCCUUGUUGAAGCUGUAACCUCUGCAGGUCCGCGGCGUUAGAGGUCAGUGUCUCUCUUCUGUGCACUUUGAUAGAUCCGCUACCAUUGGCUUUUAUUUUUACUUGCUGUUCUUGUUUACAGCGUGGAACGCUUCCUCCAUGACUCUUUCUAAUGUAUUGUAAUUGCUACUUAAAACCAUUUUUACAUCUGUGCUUCCCCCUCCCCUUUUUUUGUAAGAAAGUUUGGAAAACAAAGUCGAUCGUUUCUUUUUACUCUGAUCCAGACAGACUGUACAUAGUAUUCAGUGCUGUGUUUUACAUGGUUGUAAUGAUAAUGGUUAAAGAAGUUUAGCAUAAAA